AGGAAAUUUGGGUAAAUCUGAAGCCAUAACGAUGGGUGAAGAACAAGCUAAGAACUUGCUCAAAGAAAUGAUUUCGAACUUUAUUACCCAAGAUAAAAAUUACCCCCAAGGAUUAAGUUUGAAAAACCAAGCUAAAUUUAUUGGUUCAGUUUUUGGAAACAAAUUAGAUGGCGAUCGUAAAGAAGAAGUGGUUAAAGAAACUCGCACGGUUUUAAAUGGUUUAGUAGAAGCUAAAAUCAACGAACUGGCCACUAAGGAUUAUGAAGAAGCUAAUAAACGCUCUAAAAAUCCUAACACGAUUAAGAAAUUAGCCGGAUUAUACCAACUAACUAAUGCGGAAAUUGAUUAUGCUAAAGAAUUAAACAGCGAGGAGGUAAAUUGGAGAAUAGCGAAAGCCAAAGCUCAUUUAGCCCAAAUCGGCAAUUCACAAACUUUUCGCAAAGAAAUCGAAUUAACCGAAAAAGAAGCAGAGAAAAUCGGAAUAGAAGCCUACUGGAAAUUACAAGACAAAUUAUCUCGCGAAUUAGCCAACCAUCUUAUUAAUUAUAAAGGAAGUAGUGAGGCCACCGCUUUCUGCUUAAAACUGGCCGACAUUUUAAAUGGCAUAGAAACUCCAGAGGAAAAAAAUGAUACCGAAUUAGAGAAAGAAGCCACUAACGAAGACACCAUGGAUGGUUAUUACAACUUACUAAAAGAGUUUAGAAAGAAAUAUGAUGAACUAGUAAAACUUAAAAUCAAUGAGGAAGAAGAAAUUAACCAAGUUGACUACGGGGAACAACCCGGUCAUGAGUCAGGCAAAGCCUGA